AUGUCCUCAAGUGUAGAAGACGCCACCGCGAUUUCUUGUCCUCGCACCCUUUUGGAUAAAGUCGAUGAAGUCAGAAAGCUAGGCCUGGCGGACAAAAUUCCUUUGCCGCAGAUCGCUGUGGUUGGCGAUCAAUCCAGCGGGAAAUCUACUCUACUGGAGUACAUCUCCGGGGUAACCUUCCCCAAAGACUCUGGCAUGUGCACAUGCUUCGUGACGGAAGUGAUGAUGCGCCCUGCCGAGGAGUUUUCCGCCAGAGUUCUUGUCAAUGGCGAAGUUGAUUCGCGAUUGAAAGUGCCUGAAUCCAAGGACGACGUUGCCGCAGUCAUCGAGAACGCUAAAGCACUCUUCAUGGAUGGCGAAAAGCGAGUCAUUUAUGACGAUAUCCUGACCGUCGAGUUGAGUGGGCCGGAAUUGCCCAUGCUCACAUUAGUCGAUCUUCCUGGCUACGUCCAAACCCACACUCUUGGUCAAUCCGAAACUAUCGUACAAGAGAUCGAAAAUCUGGUCGAAAAAUAUAUAUCCGAGCCCCGAACUAUUAUACUAGCAGUAAUUCCUGCUACUCGUGAUUUCGAAACAAAUGUGGCGAUAAAAUACAUCCGCCAAUUCGAUGAACAGGGGAAAAGGACUUUGUGUGUCCUCACGAAACCGGACCUAGUUGAUCGCGGAACUGAAAGCCGAGUAUUCGAAACGCUUGCUGGUGACAAGAUGCACCUUUCCCGAGGAUAUCACAUCAUCAAGAACAAAAGCUAUGAAGACUGUCGAGCCGGUGAUCCCAGGGAAGAAACCUUGAAGAAAGAGUCUAAUUUCUUCGGGCGUGCACCUUGGUCUAGUAUCCCUGUCACGGACAGAGGAAUCCAAAACUUGAUCGAGAAGUUGACUGACACGUUGGUUGAUCAAGUUCAGAAGGAAUUCUCCGGGAUCAAAAAGGACGUCAUCCAGCGAAAAGAGAAGCUGUUGCAACAGUUGAAGGCACUCGGGCCUGUGAUUGAAACCGAUCUCGAAAAAGCAAACUUACUUCAAAAGAAUAUCAACGAAGUAAUGCAGCAGUUCAAGUACUUGGUCGACGGCCACUAUGGUGCAGGGGGCUUUGGCCAAGACCUCUACCUCAGAUCUCUUGUUCGAGAUCUCAAUGAGGUUUUCAAUGCAAGAAUUAUCCGCAUGACAAAUUCCACGACGAGUCACUUGGACGUUCGCGAAAUCAUGAAAGCCACUAGGGGCCGUGAGUUAAGAGGAAUGGUUCCGCUUGAAGCCUUCAUAAUUCUUUGCAGACGCGUAGUCCAAGAUUGGUCUUCAGAAACUCACCAACACAUAACCGAAGUCUGCCAACUGGCGAGCAACGUUUUUGCGCAAGUGAUCGAAAAACGAUGCGACAAGGUACUAGUCAAUUACUUCUCGGAACGAAUGAUCGAGUUCGUUGACCAGCAACAAAAAGCCAUGCACCACGACGCUCUUGAAAUACUCGAUGACGAAAUCAACCUACCUUCCACACUCCAAGACACGGAUUUUGCUAAGAAAUGGGGCACUGACGAAAAUCCUGAAGACAACCAAAUGCGAGAGAUUUUGGCAAGUUACUGUUUGACUGCUGCAAGUAGGUAUAUCGACGCGAUCUGCAUGUACGUUAUCGAGAGAGGUUUGUUCAAAAACUGCGAUGUUCGCGGAAUCAAAUGGUUCAUGGACGACCCUUCGGCACUGUCCCGCUUCAGAGAGCCACGACAGAACGGAAGAUUACGAGAAAUUCUGCCGAAAGAAAUCCAAAAAUUACAGGAUGCAAUCUCAAGACUCUGA